AUGGUCGCACGAGGACGAGUUCACUCAUGGAAUGAAUCUUGGGUUUACGAUGGAACAGCGAAAGAUGCUGCACCUGGCCUCUCUGUGAAGAAUCAUUUUGAAACUGCUGAUCAGGCAAUUUACGCAGCAACAGAAGAGUUAUUUAAGCAACUGAAGGAACGCAAAUUAAUAUAA